AAAUACGCGUUUCUUUUCAAUGACUUUAAUUUCAUAAUGGCUGCACCUAAAGUAGAGGCAAUGGAUCAAGAUUCCAAAAAACCUAUUUGUUUGAUAAUUUUAGGUAUGGCUGGUGCCGGAAAGACUUCCUUUACCAAACGUAUUGCGGGGCACGUCGUGGAAGGAGCCAGACCGUAUAUAAUCAACUUAGAUCCUGCAUGCCGUGAAGUGCCGUAUCCAGCUAAUAUCGAUAUAAGAGAUACAGUGAACUAUAAGGAAGUUAUGAAGCAAUAUGGCCUAGGCCCGAACGGAGGCAUUGUAACAUCCCUAAAUCUGUUCUCCACUAAGUUUGGUCAGGUAGUGGAACUCAUUGAAAAGGCCGGACAGAAACACAAAUACUGUGUGAUUGAUACACCUGGUCAAAUAGAAGUAUUCACGUGGUCAGCAUCCGGCACUAUAGUCACGGAGACACUUGCCGCCUCAUGUCCUACUGUGGUUGUAUAUGUCAUGGACACCGUCCGCAGUGUAUCACCGGUGACAUUCAUGUCCAACAUGCUAUAUGCCUGCUCUAUACUUUACAAAGCUAGGUUGCCGUUCAUAGUUGUCAUGAAUAAGACAGACGUAGUAGACAACGCAUACGCCGUCGACUGGAUGCGCGACUUCGAAUCUUUCCAAGAGGCGUUGGACGCCGAAGGGGACGCCGAGGGGGGCGCCACCUACGUCGGCAAUCUGGCGCGCUCCAUGGCUCUCGCAUUAGACACCUUCUAUAAAGAUCUUAAAUGUUGCGGCGUUAGUGCACAUACAGGCGCGGGCCUUGACGAAUUCUUUACACUUGUGGACAAGGCAGCUGAAGAAUAUGAGACUGAAUACAAAGCCGACUGGCUAAAAAUGCGAGCAGAGAAAUUAGAGGAACAGAAAAAGAAAGAAGAGGACUUAUUAAAAGGCCCAAAUAGCUCAGGCGCGGUGAUAGGGAAGCGUAGUUUGAUCGAGGAGGUGCCGAUGGGGCGAGAGAUGAGCGACGUGUAUCUCUCGCAUCCCGGCGACGAGAGCUCCAGCGACGACGAGGGCACGGAGCAACAGCCCGAGAUAGAUGAUAAACCAGAGGAUGUAACUAUGUUCCAGGAAUUCCUAAGAAAACACGUGAAACAGAACAAUACUGAAAAUAAAUCCUAGUACAUAAGCCGAUUUGUGAUCUGUACAUAUAGAUGUUACUUUAAGUUAGGCAUUAAGAUUUUGUAUUAAAUACAAUACAGGUAAU